AUGUCUCGUCGACCGGUCGACUUUUUGACUCCUCGCGAAACUUUUGAACACUACGAGCAAAAUCGAAGUCCAAGCAGUGCCGGAUCGAUUGCACCAGCUGCCCCACCCCGAGCCCCGUCAAGAGAAGUUCACGAGUAUCGAUCGAAGACACAAAUGUACACAACAAAUCAACCAAACGCCCAAUUAGCUUGCGAGUAUCGAGCCGCCCCCCCGCAACCACAACUUGCUUGCGAAUACCGGGCAGAUCCCCACUUCAAUGGCACUGGAUCGACGAUAGGAGAAUCGACACGAAUCACAUCGACUUUUAUGCCGAACAAGAAGAAAAUUCCAAUGGGUUGGUUGAUCGGCGGUGUGAUCUGUCUUCCAAUUCUCCUCGCAAUCAUCCUCUUCGGCGCUGUUUGGCUCCAAGAAUUGGGGAUUUUG